ACAAUCUUCCCUCUUUUUCCUGUCUUUGGGAGAGAAUUCACAAUCGAGUGUAGCCCUAAGCUUAGAGCUCAAAAUCUCAAUAAUGGCGGACCGUUCUUCCGAUCGCGAAAUUGAUUCAGGCUUUGAUCAGGGCUCACCCCAACCACGUCUUUACAACCCUUACAAGGAUCUCCAGGUUCCUUACCGAAACUUCCAGCUUCCAACCUCACCGGAGUUUCUCUUCGAUGAAGAAGCUCGCCGCCAGCGUCGAUCUUGGGGCGAGAAUCUCACCUUCUACACCGGUUGCGGUUACCUCGCUGGUGCAGUCGGCGGGGCGUCUACGGGCUUCGUCUCCGGCGUCAAAUCUUUCGAAUCAGGUGAUACUAUGAAACUUCGGAUCAAUCGGAUCCUGAACUCUUCUGGUCAUUCAGGGCGUCUCUGGGGGAAUCGGCUCGGUGUGAUUGGGUUACUAUAUGCUGGUUUGGAGAGCGGGAUUGAGGCUGUGAGGGAUACGGACGACGUAUGGAACUGUGUCGCAGCGGGACUUGGCACCGGUGCGCUUUAUCGUGCGGCAAGAGGAGUGAGAUCAGCGGCGGUGGCCGGUGCUAUUGGCGGCGUUGUGGUUGGAGUGGCGGUGACGGGUAAGCAGAUGUUGAAGCGGUACGUGCCGAUUUGAGGAAUGUUAGUUUGCAAUUUUGAUCGAUAUACAUCGUGUUAGGAAGAAGCCAUAGUUUGAGAAUGCUGGGGUUGAAAUUAACCAAUUCACUUGAUAAGUUCUAUACGAGGUUCACUCGUGCUUCUUUAUUUGCUUCAUUGAGUGAUGCAAUUCGUCGAGUUCUCUGAUAAUCAAUAAUCUCCAUGAAUUUAAACCUGUGGUAUGGGAAUCAUCCAAUAUUUCUAUGAUUACAUCUCACAAUUUGGAUGUAAUUAAUGAAAUUCUCUGAAGUUUGAUCCAUUAUUUCUUAUUUGUUCAAGCUCUCAUGAUGUUGAAUAUAUGAUCUUAUCUGGGUU